AUGUCGGAAGUCUCACAACUCCCUGCUUCCGUAAAUUUCCCCGAGGAAGAAGUCGUAAUACUUGAAUAUUGGGAAAAGCAGAAAAUAUUUCAAACAUGCUUGAAACAGUCGUCCAAUCGGCCGCGCUACACGUUUUAUGAUGGACCGCCCUUUGCAACUGGUCUCCCCCAUUACGGACAUCUCUUGGCUGGUACCAUUAAAGAUAUCAUUCCACGAUACGCCCAUCAAUCUGGUUUCCAUGUUGACCGUCGAUUUGGGUGGGAUUGUCAUGGCUUGCCUGUUGAAUAUGAAGUUGACAAGGAGUAUGGAAUAACCGGACCUGAUGAUGUCGCUAAAAUGGGUAUCAAAGCGUACAACGAUAAGUGCAGAGCAAUCGUCAUGAAGUACAGUGAACAAUGGGAGCACGUGACAAGGCGGCUUGGACGUUGGAUAGAUUUUGAAAAUGAUUAUCGAACAAUGUAUCCAUGGUUUAUGGAGUCCGUCUGGUGGGUUUUCAAGCAACUCUUUGACAAGGGCCUUGUGUAUCGCGGUGUGAAAGUAAUGCCCUUCUCCACUGCCUGCGCAACCCCGCUAUCUAACUUCGAAGCUGGCCAGAACUAUCGUGAUGUGCAGGACCCUGCAAGUAAAAUUCGAACACGCCUAUUUGAUACCUACAGUCAUUAUGAUCAUCCUGACGUGGAACUGGUUGCAUGGACAACUACUCCUUGGACUUUAGUGAGCAAUCUUGCUCUUUGUGUGCAUCCAGAUAAGGAAUAUGUGAAACUUUAUGACAAGCAGCUGAAGCGCACAUUCAUUUUGAUGAAUGCUCGUCUCCCCAUACUGUAUCGGGAUACGGGAUAUGAAAUCAUUGAAACCUUCCUUGGCAAAGAACUUGAAGGACUGAAGUAUAAGCCUAUCUUCGACUAUUUUGUUCACCUGAAACAGGAACGAAACGCUUUCCGAGUGCUCUGUGACACUUAUGUUACAGAAGAUGUGGGUACUGGCGUCGUCCACCAGGCUCCUUAUUUUGGUGAGGAUGAUUAUCGUGUGUGCACAGCUCAUGGAAUUAUAUGGAAAGACGCCUCCAUCGUGUGCCCAGUCGACGCGACAGGUUGUUUCACAGCUGAGAUCAGUGACUUCGCUGGCAUGUACGUAAAAGAAGCUGACAAACUAAUUUGUCAGAAUCUGAAGAAACGCGGCCGAAUGGUACAUCAGAGCACAGUGAACCACAGUUAUCCGUUCUGUUGGAGGUCCGACACACCUCUGAUCUACAAGGCUGUACCCACAUGGUUCAUUCGUGUCGAGUGUCUAAUAGACAAACUUUUGGAAAACAAUGACAAAUGUCAUUGGGUGCCAAACUUUGUGCGUGAGGGUCGUUUCGCCAAUUGGCUACGCGAUGCGAGAGACUGGGCGGUAUCACGAAAUCGUUUCUGGGGCACGCCAGUCCCGCUCUGGGUGAGCGAAGAUUUGGAGGAAGUUGUUUGCAUUGGCUCCAUUGAUGAGUUGGCUAAAUUGUCCGGUGUUACGGUGACCGAUCUGCACCGGGAAAACAUCGAUCACCUAACCAUUCCUUCCCGUACGGGACGUGGUGUACUGCGCCGCGUUUCUGAAGUGUUCGACUGUUGGUUCGAAUCUGGAUCGAUGCCUUAUGCCCAAAUCCACUAUCCCUUUGAAAACGCCAAAGAAUUUGCGGAACGCUUCCCAGCCGACUUCAUCGCCGAGGGCAUUGAUCAAACUCGUGGUUGGUUCUAUACCUUACUGGUCUUGUCUACGGCUCUGUUCGACAAACCGCCGUUCAAACACCUCAUUGUUAAUGGUAUUGUUUUAGCAUCUGAUGGCCAGAAGAUGAGCAAGCGUUUGAAAAACUAUCCAGAUCCUCUAGAUGUCAUUCAACGACACGGUGCGGAUGCUUUGCGGCUCUACUUGAUCAACUCUCCUGUGGUCCGUGCACAAAAUCUCCGUUUCUUCGAAUCCGGAGUGCAUGACGUUGUCAAAGAUGUGUUCUUACCUUGGUACAAUGCCUUCCGUUUCCUGAUCGAAUCUUCCAUCGUGCCAUACGAACGCAGCACAGGACAAGCGUUCACCGUGACUCCGGACUCAGUUCCUCAAACAGAUAACUUUAUGGAUCGAUGGAUUCUGUCCUUCACGCAAAGCUUGAUUCUGUUUGUACAUGCGGAACUUGCAGAAUACAGACUUUAUACGGUCGUCCCACGGCUGGUGAAAUUCAUCGAUCACCUAGUUAAUUGGUAUGUUCGGAUGAAUCGGCGACGUUUGAAGGGUGAUGCAGCGAAGAACGAAGAUGACUGGCGUGCCGCUUUGCAUACCUUGAUUCACGUCCUAUUCCAAAUGAUUUGUCUGCUCGCUCCGUUCACUCCCUUCAUUACGGAAUUCCUGUAUCAGCGCUUACGGUCACGGAUUGACUUCAAGGAGAACCUUAAAGAUCACGCUGGUCUUCCCAUUGGCUAUUGUCGUCAGACCGGAGCCCCAGAGUCAGUUCAUUUCCUUCCCGUUCCGCAAGCGAACAAGGCGCUGAUCUUCACUGACAUCGAGGAGACAGUUGCCUGGAUGCAAGCCACAGUGGAAUUGGGCCGUAUCAUCCGGACGCGUGUCAAUUUACCACUGAAGGCUCCACUACACGAAGCCAUAGUUAUCCAGUCUGACCCGAUCGUACGUAAACAGAUUGAGUCGGCGAAAGCCUACAUUGUCGAGCGAGGGGCGCGUGAUUCGUUCCAUGAAAACUUGCUUUAUCUCGUUUCAGAUCACGCUGGUCUUCCCAUUGGCUAUUGUCGUCAGACCGGAGCCCCAGAGUCAGUUCAUUUCCUUCCCGUUCCGCAAGCGAACAAGGCGUUGAUCUUCACUGACAUCGAGGAGACAGUUGCCUGGAUGCAAGCCACAGUGGAAUUGGGCCGUAUCAUCCGGACGCGUGUCAAUUUACCACUGAAGGCUCCACUACACGAAGCCAUAGUUAUCCAGUCUGACCCGAUCGUACGUAAACAGAUUGAGUCGGCGAAAGCCUACAUUGUCGAGGAACUGAACGUCCGUAUUCUGACCGUCACUGAUGAUAAAGAACGCUAUGGUGUGCAGUUACGUGGCGUACUGAAUCACCGGGUUCUCGGAUCGCGUUUGAAACAAGACUACAAAAGUGUAGUGGAGACGGUCAAAAACAUGCCUUCAUCAGAACUGGAAAAGUUUGUUCAGACCGGUUCGAUCACAGUUUGUGGUCACGUGCUCAGUGAAGAUGAGUUGUCUGUGGUCUACACCACCAGUGGAGGCGGAGUCGCCGAAGGUGAGAAGAAAGGCAAGGUUGCGGCGAAAACAGAACAAGUGAAAGCAGGUCCUGCAGUCACGCAACAUUACGAGACGGCCUCGGAUGCCCGUGGGUUGCUUGUCAUUCUGGAUACAACUGCUGACCCGGAAUUGGAAGAGGAAAGGUUAGCCAGGGAACUGGUAAAUCGUAUCCAGCGCACGCGGAAGAAGGCCCAGCUGGUUCCAGAAAACCCCAUUGUCAUCGUUGUGUCUACUGACUCCACAGUGUUACAGCGUGUUGCAUCUCCAACAAGCAAGCUUAUGCCCUUAAUCCAAUCCACUAUCAAACAACCCAUUACGGUUACCCCUACCCGAAUUUGUCCGACUGGUGAUCAGGAACUUUCCGUAUUUGGGUGGGCUGCCCUUCCGUCGGGAUGGACGCUUGGCGCAGAGAUUAUCCGUGAAACUGUGUCAAUUCCACCGGAUGACUUCGAGUUGGUACUAUUCUCUCGUACCGAUGGUUCUUCCGGUUCGUCGAAGACAGCCCCUGCGAUCCCUGUUUUAUCACACCCGCAUGGUGCCGCGGACGCUCAUGUGGAUGUCAUCCAUAGGUUGACGGGCAAAAAGUGUUCAGUUAUGCUGUCCGAUUCACAGUCAAACCUUUUGGUCACAGAUAGUGACGAUCUUCUCCGUAAGAUUCGAUGUGUUUUCGGUUGGCCCACCAGUUCCAACUUGCGGUUAUUCAAGUCCACCAGUGAACAACUAGAACACAUUUCUCCCAGGCACCUGUUAAGCCUGAAUGGGAAGACGCUGUAUGCAGGCGUUUUGAUUCCCAGUUCUUAGACUGUUUGUUUGUUUUCGUGGUUUCCUUUACUACGGCUUUCCUCCCCGUUCACCUCACCCCCUUCACUUCCAUGGAAAAAGUCGUCCUUUCGGC